AUGAGGAUCCAUGGCAUUAGGUUUAGGGUUACGUUAAAGCGCGUAAACACAAGAAGUGUCUUGGCCUCUUCGUUGCAUGAAGUGAGACACGGCAGCAGUAUUAACGAUAAUAAUAAUAAUAAUAAUAAUAAUAAUAAUAAUAAUAAUAAUAAUAAUAAUAAUAAUAAUACUAAUAAUAGUAAAAAAUCUCCAUUGUCUAAUACGUAUUUCAAAGGUGUAUAUGCUGUUCUUAACAGAGGACAAGGUAUGUAUCAGAGUAGUUUACCAUUUCAUAUUAGAUGGGAUCGUAUUCAGCGACAUUUAGAAGUUCUUGGUCGAGUUUCAACUGGUAAUACUGUUAUACCAUACCGUGAUAGUGGAGAAGCCUUUAGAAUGAUGUGGAAAGCUGUAGAUGAUUCCAAAAAAAGUGUACUUUGGCAAACCUACAUUUGCAAAGAUGAUCAUGUCGGACAAGUAACGGUAUCCAAGAUGGAAGCUGCUCAUAAACGUGGUUGUUAUACUGAGUUAUUAUUUGACUGUGGUGGAAAUAUUACAGGUCGUCGUCGACUUGUUGGGAAUCUUAAACAAAGUGGAGCCACUGUGAUUGAACAUCGACCUAUUUUAGAUCAUUUCUUACCAUACUUUUUAGGAGGUAUGAAAUGGGAACGUAGUCCUGGUAUUCGUAAUCAUCGAAAGAUAUUACUUGUAGAUGAUCGUAUUGGUUUCUGUGGGGGAUUAAAUAUUGGAAAUGAGUAUUGUGGAAAAAGUGAGGGAGGAACCGGUAGAUUCCGCGACACGCAGUGUUCUGUUGUUGGCCCUGCGGUGGCCCACCUGCGGGAGGUGUAUGACGACACGAAGGCGCCCAAGCCGUGGAAGUGGAGUUUCGCCCGCUGGCGGCAAAUUGCGGCGACGGCGAUGGACCGCCGCUACAAGGAGGGAAAAAACGUGCGGGACGAGUGCCUGGGGGCGAUGCGGCACGGCGGGCGGGUGUACGUCCGGCGGCAGAUGGAGAGGGCGGAGAAGAGGGGGAUGCGCAUAAUGGAGCGCAUGCGGUGGAGACGGCAGCGUGAGCCGGUGGAGACUGCACUCCCAAAGGAAGAGAAGGGUGAGAAGGAUCUAAAAGAAGAAAAGGAAGGAGAAAAAGUAGUAGAGAAAUCAAAUACAUUGUCCAUUUCACCGUUGGGAGCAUCAUGUAUGAAGAAGGAUCAAAAGACGGAUGAUGAUCAAACCAAUAAUCUUUCUCAAGCCAAGGAAAAAUUAAUAAGAGAAUUAGAUACAAAAGGACUACAAUUCACGUUUACACUAAAUGAUGAAGAUGCUGUUCCUGAAGCGGAGGAAUAUAGUAAAGCUAGACCUUCUGUAACUCAAGUAUUAUCAUGUAAUCCACAUACACGAGAUUGGUCUAUUCCUUAUGCUUUUUGGCAAGUUUCACAAAAAGCACAUAGACGUUUAUGGGUAACAACACCGUAUUAUAUGCCUCAUAGAAAACUAAUGCGUGCACUUUUACGUGCCGUUCGUAGAGGAGUUGAUGUACGUAUUCUUGCUGGUAGUAAUACGACAACAGAUCCUUGGUUUAUGUGGUAUGCCUCUAAUUACAUUACAGGUCGUUUCUUAGCAGCUGGUGUUCGUGUUUAUGAAUAUAAAGGGGAUCAAGUUAUGCAUGCAAAGACGGUGGUGGUGGAUAGUAUUUGGUCCUCUGUUGGAAGUUACAAUUGGGAUAUGAUGAGUAAUAAAAAUAUGGAAGUAUGUGUUUGUCAUCUUGACUACAAACUUGCACGGGAGAUGGAGGCACAUUUUCUGGAUGAUUUGAAAGUAAGUGUUGAGGUAAACUAUGAGGAUUACAGACGACGAUCAUGGUGGUUGCGGUUCGCAUCAUGGUUUUUUUAUGUUGGACUGCAGAUUGCAGAGAAAUUAACGUUUCGUACAUUUGUUGAUGCUGAUCUUUCUUCUAAAAUACAGUAA